GCUCCUUGGAGGGCUCCGCGGGGCUCUGGAGGAGUUUGGUGGGGCUGAAGGACGGAUGCUGAGCGUCGCCUCCGCCGAUGCUCCGCGCACCGUGAGAGCGCGCUGGGAAAGGCUCCUGGGUCACGACAACCAGAGGCUGCCAAGAAGAUGAAGGAGGAAAACAUGUGCCCGGAGUCUCCCGAAGGCAGCCUGGUCACCAGCGAGGAGGAAGGCGAGCGGCUGCACAAGAAAUGCCUCCGCAAGAGAGGCCAAGCAGGCAAAGCAUUGGAGGACGGCGGAGCCGCCUCUCCUCAGGGCAAGCGCUGCAAGCGCAGCCCGGUGCCGCAGUCCUUCGAGGACGUGCACACACAGAGGGUGAUCGCCAACGUGAGGGAGAGGCAGAGGACCCAAUCGCUCAACGACGCCUUCGCAGAGCUGCGGAAAAUCAUCCCCACGCUGCCCUCCGACAAGCUGAGCAAGAUCCAGACCCUGAAGCUGGCGGCGCGCUACAUAGACUUCUUGUACCAGGUGCUGCAGAGCGAUGAGCUGGACCACAAGAUCACCAGCUGCAACUACCUGGCCCACGAGAGGCUCAGCUACGCCUUCUCUGUCUGGAGGAUGGAAGGGGCUUGGUCCAUGUCCGCGUCCCACUGAGCCGGGGACCCCGGGAGCCGACGACCUCCCCCAUCAGCAGCUCCCGGGCAGCCCCCUCCCACCCAGCGCGUGGGGCUGAGACCCAACCCGGGAGCCGGGCGGGUUUGCUUGGAACCAACGCAUCAGGAUGGUGCACAUCAACCCUCCAAGGAGCAAAUUGUGUGAGGAGCAGAGAGCCGUAUGGUUCUGCUCCGUGAGCAGCAGCCCGGAUGGUCCCUGCAAUGGGGAGAAACGCUUCGGGGCUGCCCAAUGCUCGGACUGCCCCUGGGCUCCGUCCCAUGGAGCAAACAGCCAUCCCUGCAGAGCAGUUCCCCAACGCAGGACACCCCCCCAGGGUUUGAGCUUUUUGUUUCCUAAGGAAAUGCUGCAGCCGUGGGCACCGCUGUGCAUCCUCACCAUCUCAAUUGCACCCGCGGGCGCUCGGCUGCCUCUGGCAUCUGCAGCAGCAAAGCUGAGCGGGGUGCAACCCCAAUGAAUGGGAGAGGUGUGCUCUGAGCAGCAGGAAGACUUCAGACGCCACCAUCGGUGACUCAGCUUUCCUGCACAGCGGAGGACCCGAUGGAAGGGGACAGUGAGCUCAUGUCACCUUUAUUUUCCAAUAGAACCCUCUAUUUCUAUGUACGAUGUGGGCUCCC